GAACAGACGCGUGUUUCUUUCCGCUUGCUCUGGUUGUGGUAUGCCAAUCUGUGAAAUAUAAGAUUUAAACGUAAAAUCAUUUCGAUUGAAUUCUAUCGAUUGACGAACGUGUAACAAGUGUGCAUCGUGCUAAAAAGAUAAAUUGAACAUAAAUAUUCCAGCUUGAAAAGUUCACAUUUGGGAAAUUAUUUAUUAAUUCCGAUUUAAUGGAUUUAAAUAAUCAAUAAAAAAUUGUGGCAACAUCAAAUAAUUCAUGAAUCAAAUGUGGUGCCGUUGCCAUUAAAAUAUUGAAAUAUCAACGACUAACUUCAUAUAAAUUUGGAACAAAAUUACAAAAUGGAAGCUGAAAAUAUGGAAAUUCCAGGAAAUGUGAACGGCCUUGAAUUCUCUUCAAAGGUGAAUAUGAUUGAAGUCAAAACGAGCCGAUUGCGAACAUCUUUGCCGCAGAUAAUAGUGAGUUUAGUGACAACAUUGCUACUUUUUGAUCUUGGGGUCUCCAUUGCCUAUCCAACCGUACUCAUUUCUGCGUUGACUGGCCUCAACAAUAAAACAAAUCCAAACGAACUUUUACGAAUGACAGCUGUCGAAGCAUCAUGGAUGGGCAGCAUUAGCUAUUUGGGCAAAUUGGUCGGUAGUUUAAUAUGCGGAUUGUCAUGCGAAUUAUUGGGACAUCGAUCUAGCAUGAUAUUGAUAAAUUUUCCGCAUUUGGUUGCAUUUUAUCUUUUUUAUUAUUCCACAUCGAUUUGGAAAGUGUUUGUCGCAAAUAUUUUGCUUGGAUUUGGGGCUGGAUUUAUCAAAGCUCCAUGUACAACCUAUGUGUCCGAAACGAGUGAAGCAUCAAUUCGUGGUGUUUUAGUUUCGAUGACUUCGAUUUCAUUAACUGUGGCACCGCUCAUUAUUUUUUCACUUGGAAAUUUGACGCAAUGGCGAAACAUUGCCCUAUAUUGUUCCAUUCUUCAAAUUGUCACAACGAUAUUAUUAUUAUUUCUUCCCGAGUCCCCGAUGUGGUUAUUAUCAAAACAGCGUGAUGAAACGGCAUUAAAAGCAUUACGAUGGUUACGUGGUUGGGUACCACAAAAUCUUGUCCAAACGGAAUACGAUUCCAUUAAAAGAUAUAAAGCUAACUCGAAUUCAUGUGCAAAUUGUAAAAAAUCUAGCAUCGAAUGUACUCAUCUCAGUGCUCAAACUACUCAACAAGCCAUAAGAGAGUUAAUCCGAAAAAGGACAUUAAAACCAUUUUUCAUUUUACUGGUUAUGGGUUUCGUUUCAUAUUUUUCCGGUUCUCAUCACCUAACGCCAUACAUACCGCAGAUACUCAACACGUAUCGCUCUCCAAUGAGUCCAAACUGGGCAACAGUGGUUGUGGCGACCAUCGGUAUGACUGGCACAUUCGGUGGAAUUGUUGGCAUGAAAGUGCUCGGCAAAAGACAACUUUAUCUCGUUUCUCUAUCGGGUGUUACACUGUGUGGACUUAUUUUAUCAAUCUAUGGUUUCAUCUAUUUGCCAAUGAAUUCAAAAUCAUUCGAACACAAAAAUGUAAUCGAAUCGGAGAGUUCGAGCAUUCCUUUGAUUGUGUGUUGUGUGAUGCGCUUCUUUACAACAAUAUCACUGAUGGUGCCGUUUACAAUGCUGAGUGAAUUAUUUUCAUUGAAAUCUCGUAGCAUGGCUACUGGAGUGGUGGUAUCACUGAAUAACAUUUUUAUAUUCACCGCUACGAAAUCCUUUUAUAAUUUGGAACAUUGGUUUGAUUUACCGAGUACAUUGGGCAUUUAUUGUGCCAUCGGUGCCAUUGGAUUGGUGGUGACGUUUUUGAUACUCCCAGAGACGGAAGGUACAUCGUUGGAAGAUAUUGAAAUUCAUUUCUCGGAUAAUUCACGAAAACUAACAGAUCGAUACAUAGCCCGACAGUCUGAGAAAUAAAGAUAUUUAUAAAUACAAACUCGAGAUAAAAUGUUUGGUUCGUAUGAAACCUGUAUAAAAAAGUUGUGUUCCAGUUGUAUGUCAAUAAAAAAAUUCUAUGAAGAAAACAA